AUGGAGCCCGGCGGUGUCGGGGAGCCACCGAAUUUGAUGCAGUUCCUGCGGAAGCUGAAGGAGGUCUUCGACGUGUGUGAUGAGGAUGCCGACGGAUUCAUCCGGGUGGAGCACUUCGUCGCCCUGGGGCUGCAGUUUGGCCAGGGGGAUGAGGUGGAAAAAUUUGCCAAAUACUUGGAUCCAAAUGCCCUGGGCAAGAUUAACUUCAAAGAUUUCUGUCAUGGAGUGUUUGCUAUGAAAGGCUGUGAAGAGUUACUGAAGGAUGCAUUGUCAGUUGAAAGCUUUGGGCCUCUGCACUAUGAGACAGAGUAUGUGGAUUACUACUACCAGGGUCCUGAAAUCCAAGACAGUGGCUAUUUGGACAGUGAAAGUGCGUACAGUGAACCCGACCUCUUUCCUGAUGAAGACAACAUGACCCUGGCCCAGCAGGAAGUCCACCAUGAGUCUGAUAUGGACAGUGCCAUCGAAAGUGCCCACAGCUUGGAAGCAUCGGAUGUAUGCAGGAGUGAGGACAAGGACGGUGUGCUGGGUGGCCUCUUCCUGCCUGGAGAUAAGUCAAGUCCCCUCAACCCUUCUGCAGCAUCUGACCUUUCCACCUAUUCCACUGCCUCCUUGAUCAGUAAUGAAGAGCAAUUUGAAGAUUAUGGAGAAGGAGAUGAUGUGGACUUUACUCCCAGCAGCCCUUGCCCUGACGAUGAAAGUAGAACAACUGUCUACUCUGACCUUGGUUCAUCUGUUCCUUCCAGUGCUGGUCAGACCCCAAGAAAAAUGCGGCAUAUUUAUAACAGUGAGCUGCUGGAUGUUUACUGCACCCAGUGCUGCAAGAAAAUCAACCUGCUCAAUGACCUGGAAGCCAGGCUGAAAAACCUGAAAGCAAACAGCCCAAACCGAAAAAUAUCUAGUACAGCUUUUGGAAGACAGCUCUUCCACAACAGCAACUUUAGCAGCAGCAAUGGCAGCACAGAGGACUUGUUCAGAGACAGCAUAGAUUCAUGUGACAACGACAUCACGGAAAAGGUGACUUAUUUGGAGAAAAAAGUGACAGAAUUGGAAAAUGAUAGCAUGACCAACGGUGACCUGAAGAGCAAAUUGAAACAGGAGAACACGCAGUUAGUCCACAGGGUCCAUGAGCUAGAAGAGCUGUUGAAAGACCAAGAAACAUCAGCUGAGCAGACCCUGGAAGAAGAAAUAAAGAGGCACAGGGAAGCAUACAGCAAGUACGAGAAAGAGAAGAGCACGGAAAUUGAACUGCUGAACACAAGGGUUCAGCAGCUUGAAGAGGAAAACUGUGAGCUUAAAACAACUGUCUUACGGCUGAAAUCACAAAGUGAGAAACUGGAUGAGGAGAGACAGCGAAUGUCAGACAGAUUAGAAGAUACCAGUCUGCGGCUCAAGGAUGAGAUGGACUUGUAUAAACGAAUGAUGGACAAACUGAGACAGAACAGGCUGCAAUUUAACAAGGAGAGGGAAGCUACUCAGGAGCUCAUUGAGGAUUUGAGGAAGGAGCUGGAACAUCUGCAGCUGUACAAGCUUGAAUGUGAGCGGCCCAGCCGUGGGAGAAGUUCUUCUUCCAGCUUGAGUGAAUUCAAUGCGAAGACCAGAGAAGUAGAAAUGGAGCAUGAAAUUAAACGGCUCAAGCAGGAGAAUCAGAAGCUUCGUGAUCAGAAUGAUGACCUUAAUGGGCAGAUCCUUAGUCUUAGUCUUUAUGAAGCCAAGAAUCUUUUUGCAACACAGACAAAAGCCCAGUCCUUGGCUGCUGAAAUUGAUUCUGCCUCCAGAGAUGAGCUCAUGGAAGCCCUUAAAGAGCAGGAGGAGAUAAACUUCAGACUGCGCCAAUACAUGGACAAGAUCAUCCUAGCUAUCCUAGACCAUAACCCCUCCAUCCUGGAAAUAAAAAACUGAAGAUCUGGGCGGGAAGAGGAACAAGCAGAGACUUGUACCUGAUUGGAUGCCACUGGAUCAAAAUCUUGCUCUGCUACUGUAAAUGAACCUAUAAAUAUAUAUAUAUAUAUAUAUUAUAUAUAUAUAUAUAAACUUGUGUGGAUACACAGGCCGUGUUUAUAUGAGGUUUGGUACACUUUGUCUGUGGAUCAUAAUUCAGCUUGCUCAGUUUCUCAUGCACUUUCACCAUUUGGGGUGGGGUCAAAGAGACUUAUGGGAUUGUAAUGAAAUAACCAUGUGACUGGAUUUGCACUGUUUUAGAUAUUGGACAAAAAUGACACUACCUCUAGAUUCAAGGAUAAAAGAGAACAGAAACAUAUCUAGUGCCAAUUCCCCUCCCUCUCCUCCCCUCACCCCCAAGACAAUGCUGAGGCCCACAUCUUUUCAGCUGUCCCUUCCUUCACCCUCCCCAAAAUGCGCUGCAUGCCCAGGUUUAAUUCACUGGCACUGGCUGUGUUGCAUUGAUUUCUUAGCUCAAGUUGUGCUACUGAAGCUACAGGAAGAUCUGUGAUGUUUUGCUCCUUCAAAAGGAAUGUAUGUAUGAUACUAAAGGGUAAAGUAUUCUCUAGGGGAUUAAUUUAAAAAGAAGAAGGAAAACUUUGCUUCCUUUCAGCAGAAAGCACUUUUCACCCUAUCCAACCCAGGUUGCUAUGAAUCCUUUAGGACGGCUGGCAGUCUCUAAUAUUGCACAAGCAUGUCUGUGUGACAGUUUUGCCAAUGUUCUCCCAAGUUUCACAGCUUUUUCGAUGUAGUGUUCUGUAAUUCAGGUUUAUCACCAGGUCACAAAAAGGGGUACUGUGAGAGACUUAGACUUUAACUGCGCCAGGUUAAACUUGGCCCUGUGACUCCAUGGACAGCGACUGCUAUAUUACAAUGUGAAAGGGCCACGGAAACUUAUAGUACACUGUUUUCCUUCAGUAGAGGCCCCAGACCACCUUCUUGCAAAGCAGAAAUUGACAGGCAAGGUGUUUCUCAUCCAGCACUGUAGGACUGGAAUCAGCUUCCUCUGCUGAUUUCUGCCUGUUACGCAUCCAUUCCCGAUAAAAAGCCAUCCCAGGCACAUGUGAAUUAAUGGAAAAAAAUGGAUGGCUACCACUGCUUGACAUUAUGAGCAUUCAAUGGUUUCCAGAGACCCGUGCUUGGAAUCAGUCUUGUGGUUAUUGGAGAUAUUGUAUUGUUUUCCAAAGCAUCAGAAAAAGCUUCUCUCCACACCACAGUUCCUCAGUGUGAUGGUGUUUCCACUCAGAUUUUUGUGGGCUGCAGGACAUGGAGAUGGUUGCACCAAAAUCUGCACUCACCCACCCCAAGCUGUGUGAAUUUGAGGAAGCGUAUAACCAUCCUGUCAAUUCUGUUUUCAAAGCGAAUCCAUGUGAAAUUCCCUUCACUCUCACAGAGGUACACUAUAAGGAAAUGGCAGCUUUUGCACAGAUCUCAGUGAAAAUGAUCUUUGCUUUUUCCCAAUUAAAGGUAAAAUGGCUUGUAACGGCUGUUUUCACACGUGACUUGUUUCCUGCAUGGAAUGCACAGAAUGUAGAAGAUGGGGUGUAGGAAAUGGCAUGAAAGCAACAUUGCAUGCAAUGAUCAGGCACACGUGUAUGUGAUCACAGCCUACAGUUCCAAGUUAAAGCAUACUUUGCUUUUAAACAUGCACAAGUAUGUAUAAUUGAUUCUAAAGCCAAGAAAUGUAGCUACAAAAAUAACUGGGAAGAUGCAAUCUCUUGGUAUUAAUCAGUUUGAUAUUUUAUUCUAAGCACACAAGCAACUUGUUAAAAAGAAAGUACAUAUUCUGGCUUCUCCUAAGCCUUUUUCACAUUCAUGUGUUUGGAUACACGAGCCACUUCAGCAAAAGUACUUUAAAGAGCUCUCCAAAAAGUGUCAAUUUUCUUCUGAUUUCUACAUAUAUAAAGAUGGCUCUUAAGGAA